CUCGUGACGAGCGCACGCAACGACGAGGAGGAAACGGCGCGUGCCGCCGAGUGGAAGUAGAAAGAGGUCCAGAGACACCGGUGUCCGCGUUCAAUACGCAUGCGAGGUAAAGCGUGUGCGCGGGCGCGUACAACACGGACCUCUUUUCGAUCGACGGUGUCGGUGGUGGCGGUGGUGGAUGGCGACGGCAGCAACGGCGACGGCGGUGGUGGUAUCGGCGACGGCGGCGACGACGACGACGACGACGACGACGGCGACGGCAACGACCUCACGACGUCGACGUCGGCUGGCUCGCGGCAACGGCAACGACGCAUCGGUGGCGGCCCCAGCGGCGGCCGCAGCAGGUGAGCGGCGGUGUGCGGCGGCCGCACACGGUUCGGCCCCCGAUACAGUCGUGGAGGGAGUGCGAAAUCACGCUGACGCCGUGAGUGGCGCGCAUCACGUCGUCGUGCUUGAAGCGCUCGAACGUGUCGAUCGAACGUGUCAUCGAGGACGCGAGUGAAGACCGGGCAAAUUAAAAAAAAAAGAAAAAAACACACGAGAGAGAAAAGUUGUCAUAAGAGGGUGAGGGUUGCCAAAGAUCUUCCGAGGGAGUGAAAAAGAAAGGGAUCGACGGUGCGAAAAGAAACUUGGAUAGUGUGAAAAAAGGAGAAUAAAUAAAAGAGGAAGUUGGUGCGGAAAAACAAGUCGAAGUUAAAAGACGAUGUGAACAAAGUAUGAUUUAAUUAAGAGAAAGAAAAAGGAUUAAAAAAGUUCUAGAGAGAGAGAGAGAGAGAGAGAGGGGGGGAAAAAUAGAAAUGAUAACGCGCGCAAAUCUCCGGAUAUAUUGCGAAUAGAUAGACGAUUUGAUCCCGCGACGCGGAGAACUGCUACGUGCUGCAUUGUGUACGCGAUCGAUUCGCGUUCCGAUCAAGAUCCUCCAAAACCGGAGAGAUCGCGAAAUAAUCCAGUGGUCCAGCGCAGCCUCCUCCAGCGCCGUGUAUCUCUCGCGCGUCGCGGAUUCGCCAAUCCGAUCAGUAUUCGCGCGCGAUCCGUCCGAACAACCCCGGUUGGUUGAUCUCUCUCUCUCUCGUCAUCUCCGAAAAUCUGUCGCGAAGGAGGAUGAUGCGCGGAUAUCGUGAUAAUCGGCAGGCGCGUCGUCCGGACUUCGAACUUGACUAGACCUCCCCUCGCCGAACAGUGAAUUCUUUGGAUUCUUUGGAUUCAGUGUGCGUUUUUUCGAACAGUGAGGGUGGAUGUACACCGACGACGUAUCUUGGUGAUAUCGGUGUUGCUAUGAUCGUGCCGCGUCACGUGGAACGAUCAUGAUUUACUUUAGGCCGCACGACGGGAGGAGUCUACGCUACAACGCGAACGCGAGACACUUGAACGUGCUCGUCGUGCCGCUCUUUCCGCUCUGGAUUAUCGGCGCAUUCUGCGUGAAGGACAUACCCAUAUCACACAUCGUGGCACUAGUCGGGGAAACCGCCUAUCUUCCCUGCGACAUAUCAACCACUCACGAGGGAGACUCGGUGCAUCUUGUGCUCUGGUAUCGCGAGGAUCUCGGUACAUCAGUUUACAGUAUCGAUGCUAGAAAUCGAGAAUUCGGUAUCGCGGAAAGAUGGUCAGACGAUACUGUGUUCUCGCAUCGCGCAUAUUUCACGAUGGACAAAAAACCAGCGCUGUUGUCCAUCGAAAACACCAGAGAGGAAGACGCCGGUAUCUACAGAUGCCGUGUCGAUUUUCAAAUUGGCCAGACAAGAAACUCUAAAGUCAAUUUAACAGUAAUCGUACCACCGCACGUGAUCACCAUCACCGACGAGGAAGGGAUCGAGAGGGUCUCGACGGUCGGGCCGUAUUUGGAGGGCGACAAUCUACGACUCUCCUGCGACGUUCAUGGCGGUAAGCCGGCCCCGACGGUGUCCUGGUAUCGCAACGACAAAUUCGUCACCAACCGGAUUACGGUAUUGCGCAACGGCGUGACACGCAGCGAGAUCGUUAUACAAAAUUUGAGCCGGGACGACGUCCACACGGUGCUGACUUGCAACGCCACGAAUAACAAUAGCUCGAUCCCGCUGUCGUCGUCGGUCCGCGUGGACAUGAAUUUCAACCCACUGGAAGUGAAGAUAGCUGGUGCGAACCAGCCGCUGUCGGCGGGUAAGAAGUAUGACUUGGUCUGCACAACUUCCGGCUCCAGGCCACCGGCCGGCAUCACCUGGUGGAGAAACGGUCAGCGUUUAGUGGAUUCCAAGGAGAAUACUUCCGCCGAUGGGAACACGACCACCAGCGUUUUAUCUUUCAUAGCGACGAAAGCAGACGCCGGUAGGCACUUGUCGUGUCAAGCUGAAAAUCGAAUCAUGGGAACCGCGCCAAUAGAGGACGGCUGGAUACUCCAGAUACAAUACACGCCGGAGACGCAGAUCCAGCUCGGCACAUCACUCAAGCCCAACGAUAUACGCGAGGGUACGGAUGUAUAUUUUGACUGUCUCAUACAGGCCGAACCGUCGGUUUAUAAGGUGGAGUGGCGGCAUCAGAGCAAGGCACUCCAUCACAACAUCACGCAGGGUAUUAUAAUCAGCAACCAGAGCCUGGUGCUACAGGGGGUCGAGCGCAAAAGCGCCGGCAAUUACACGUGCGUGGGAUAUAAUACCGAGGGCGACGGCGAGAGCUCGCCCUUUUAUCUCAACGUGAUGUUCGCUCCCACAUGCAAGCCGAAUCAGACCAAGGUCCAUGGCGUGGCAAAACAGGAGAAGGCGAAUAUAUCCUGUCAAGUGGAUGCAAAUCCGCCGGAAGUGCAAUUCAAAUGGACCUUCAACAACUCCGCCGAGAGUAUCGACGUUGCGGCCAGUCACAUAGCACGUGCCGGUACAUCCUCCAUCGUCUCAUACACACCAAUGACAGAAUUAGAUUAUGGUACGCUGCUCUGCUGGGCCAGCAAUCAUAUCGGCCAACAACAAGUGCCCUGCGUCUAUCACAUUAUACCAGCUGGCCGGCCGGACAUGGUCCACAAUUGCACAACCUCGAACACGUCGACCAAUUCAUUCGUCGUGCGAUGCGUGGAGGGCUUCAACGGCGGCCUGCCACAAUCCUUCCUGAUAGAGGUACGCGAGAGCAACAGUCAAGAGUUGCAUGCCAAUCAGACGUCGCCGGUGCCGCGUUUCAGCGUCAUUAACCUGGAGUCGGGUGCCCUUUAUCAGGCUUGCAUUUAUGCCUACAACGACAAGGGUCGUAGCGAGGCAAUGGUAGUGCAGGCCGGCACUCUCAGACUACCGGAGAAACAAUUGACAUCUGAGUCGGAACGACCAAGACAGAACAUGCGGCUGACACCGAUGUUGAGCGUGAUGAUCGGCGUGGUGACGGCCCUCAUCAUCGUCGCGAUCAUAGUGAUGGUCGUCUUACGGUUCCAACAUACACACGUGGAGGAGCAAAACAAGUCGCAGAUGGAGGAUCACGCGAAGCAGACGAAGGCCGUCCCUAUACAAAGGGAGCUACGAUUUCGAGAGGGAUGCAGUCUGCUCGCGGAUGAGAAGCAUCCCAAUAGCCCGUUCAGGAAGCUCGACAGCAGCGGUGAUCUCAGCGAGAGCGAUGAAAAGAAUCCGGAUAUCAUUCCACAGCAAAUCACUGGCGACGAACCGUCGGAAUAUUUGAGAAAGAGACGUCUGGUAUCAACGAUCGAGACAUCACCAUCGAGGAGCCUUUUGGAACACUCGACGGUGACUUCCAUCAGCGGCCACAGCAGUUACGUCGGCUACUGUACAAUUCGCAACGGCAUGCCGCUGCACGAGUUCUCAAACUUGUCGACCAAACACAAAAGCUUUCAGCCGCUGAUGGGCGACGUCUAUGAGAGUGGCGUUUGCACCCUGCCGCGGCAACAUUGGCCAAGCCAGAGCGUACAAUCGAUGACAAUGAGUCCUCCAAUGUUGUACGCUGGUCUGGGUGUCGUCACCAGGACUUGCCCGAGCAGCAGUGCGCUCCUGACGAAGGAUUGCGAGACGCGGAUGCCCGGUCAAUGUUGUCUAACGGUUCAAUCGCAGAAGGACGCGACGAUAGGUACGCCGGUAGUAAUGGCCAAGAGGGAGAGCUCCGUGUGACCCUACACCCACCACGGGGCCUGCACUUGCAACGUGAGCGAACUGCUAUGAAUCGCGCCGUUUGUCAAUCACGAGAUAGCUGUGAGUCCCGAACGACACAAGAACAUCUAAAGGAUGUUUAUAGAAUAUUAUUAGAAUGUCUUUACGCGGUAAGAUUGGAAGGUCUUUUAAAGGGCCGAAUAGUUACUCUUAGACUUCUAAAGAACAUUUGAGACAUCUAAUAAGAUGUUUAUUAUUAUCUAGAUCCGAAAAUUAAUAUAGUCUUGGAAGAAAAAAGAUCUUUUGAAGGAUUUGUAAAAAAAUGUCCUUUAAACUGGGAUGUUUUUCAAACGUCUGUGCUGUUCGGGACACUUCGGGCGUACGAGCCGGUUCGGGUUCGACGGAUUUAUGUUUCCAUUCCGACAAAGCGUCACGAAUUUGCGCCUCUCUGUUGAAUCAAGUGUCCUUUUUACACCGAAGAACGAUGAACCGGCUGUUUCGCCGGCUUUUCUCACCUCGUGCGUAGCUUCGUGACCGUGCCCCCCCGGUGGAACCUCGAUGAGCUUCUGCAGUGUGUUAGAGUGAGUUUACGAUGUGUUGCACGCGCAAGAGAGAAAAGUUUGCCGUGCACACUCCUGUAUAUACCUCGAGACACGGAAGAUAUUUUGUACGAGUCGCGUAUAUUAACGGUUUAUUCCCACUUUUACUAUGGACACAACACUGUACAAUUUGUCUAGUCGAUGUAAGUAUAAAUAUGUAUAUGCGUUAAGUCGUCGUGGAGGCGUCGGACUAGAAUAACGUACACUGAGAGGGAUGAUUGUCGCGAUUGAGGAAUGAUCGUUUCACGCGCGUGGCAUAAUUAUUUAUAACGUUGGCAAUGCGGAAAUGGAAAGAAAAUGGAGAGGAGUUGUAUCAGAGACAUAUCGUUUGCAUCUCUAUCCGUGGGACUCGGAGUUGAAUGAACGAACGUGAAAAUCAGUGGCGGAGUAGCGAGACGAAAGAAAGAAAGAGGAAAAAGAAAUAGAUAAAUAUCCAUAUCGCGCUUCCGUCUCAGUUUACAAUAUUCUGAAUUAUACCGUAAGAUCAAGUAUCUCUUGUACAAUGUAUAAAGUAACGACUUCCUUCGAAGUAAAUGUACUGAGUAUGAUGAACGUUGUUUUUCAAAGUCUUGAAUCUUAUUCUAUAGAGAGAGGAACGCGUUCCGGAUUACGGAGGCGUUCUUCCGUAACAUGUGGUAAUCGCGAUAGCACUUCUAACUUGCCUGUUUCGACGCUUGUGAAUCUUGUUGGUACUUCGUUCGGCAGAGGUUACCGCUCUUAGCCUCUUUGUAUUAUAUAGCUUUAAAGAGAAAAAAAAGGGUCGCCAGGAAGGGGGCCUCCUCAUAUCCUCCGUACAGUACAGAGAUACUCUCGUCGUCGAUUGGAAUGACCCAAGACGCGUUUCGUCACCAAUUCGCGAAAGGUAAGAUGAUGAAAACUGAACAUGUAGCUUGAUAUCAUCGAGCAGUCGACUGCUGGACGGUGCGUUUAAUAAGCUAUAAUCUUUUACGCGAGAUGCGUGCGUGCGUAGAAGAAUCUCUCCUUUUUGCGAGAAGUGAUAACCCAUUUUGCUUCGAUCUGUACAGAUUGAUUAUUGCGUACAGGUUUACGCUCCCUCGAUUGAUGCGACGAUCCUGCUGCGACUGCAAGGAUUCACGUGAGGAAUAGAAUGUAUUUUAUUCUAUAUAUGGCUGUGUGCGUAAUGCGAGAGAGAAAGAAAGAAAAUAUCUUUCUAAUAAUCUUUUGAUGUUCUCUAUACUUAAAUAAGAUCGAUGCGCUAGUAUAUAUGUAUAUCGUUCUAGAAUUCGACAAUGUAAUCGUAAAAUUGAUCCUAUCGACGGAAUGAUAGUUAUAUUACAUAUUUCUUUCUGGCACUAUAUGCGGACAGCAUUUCAGAAAAAUAGGGCAAAGAUUUUUUUAGAUAAAAUUAUUUUUUUAAGUACAUUCGAGAGCGAAAAAGAAUUUAUUUUUAUUACAAAAAUUGUAUUACAGUUCUUUUUAUAUAUAUAUAUAUAUUUGAAUUAUUAAAUCACUUUGUCUCUCUAUUAGCAAAAUAAUGUUUAAAUAAAAUCUAAAAUUUUAUUUCAAUUCAAUUUUAGUCUGAUGCAGCAAUGUUAUAAAUGAAGUCAAUGUUUCGUUGAAGCAGCUCCCUAUUUGUCUAUCAGAUAGAAACUUCGCAUAAAUUGACCAUAAACGGAAUGUAGGUUGUGACUAUUUGCAGUCGCGUCGUCGUGUUUCAGUCUGUUAUAUGUGCAUACAAAUAUCUAUGCAGAAGAGACGGUCUUACAUGAGCAAGGCAUAUAUACGUUCGUAUGCGUUUCCAAAGGAAACUACGGAUGAUGAUCGAGGAUCGAUUUAGAAUUACUUGAUGUGAUAAGAAACGAGAACGGUAAUAUCACGCUUUUAAGCGAACCGUAAUGUCUCGCAAAAUUCUAAGCGAACGUUGUUUUCUCGAUCGUUUAGAUGUUACGUUAUGUCAUUUCCGAGAGAUCAUUAAAAAUUAGACAAAUCAUUGAUUAUUAUUAUUAUUAUUAUUAUUAUUAUUAUUAUUGUCAUUAAUGGAAUUGAUGUCGGAAUAUUGUGAGUGUACAUUAUCGAAGAGAAUUUUAGUAAACGUUAAAACGCGCAGCCAUUACGCCCUCGUUCCCUCGUUCCCCUCCCCCCCCUUGUUAUAACAACUUUUGCACACAUAAUAAUUGUAAUUGUCUAUACAGUAAAAAAAAAAAAAAAAUGUGCUGCCACGAAAGGAGUUUACAAUCCGAUGAGAGGAAAACGUCACGAAAAUGAACCGUACAAUAAAUCCUGGAUUCAAACUGCCAAAGUUUCUACCUUAUCUAUUCGUGUGUGUCUGUGCGUGCGUGCGUGCGUGGGUGUAAUCACUACACGCGCACUAUAUUAUAAAAUCAUGUGAACUUUAUAAACAAUAUCAAUUUUUUCUAAGACAGAAGACAACAUUCUUCAAAAGUAUUUAUUAAUCUCAUUUUACUUGUUAUACUUGUACACAAGGGAAGAAAUAAUUUAUCAUUUUUUUUUCUCACAUUUUAUUGGCGAUUGUUGACUUCCGGAGCACAUUCAUUUUUCGUUGUUCGGAUAAUACGAAAUCUUUCGAUGACCUUGCUCGUCGAACACGUCGCGUGGCAUGAUAUCGCAAGGCGGUGGCCAUACAUUAUUAUCUGUAAAAUGAUCAAACAAUAUUUGUCAGCCCUUCCAGCACUGAAAGAUAUAUAUACAUAUCGAGAUAUCUCUCGAUCGCACAUGAAUCACGAAGAUAAUUUUAACGAAGACACGAUAGUUUGACUGACGCGUGCCGCUCGCCCUCGGCCUCAUUUCCGCGUGUGCAAUUUAUAAAUAUCGAUUAAAAACAAAAUACAAGGAGAAAUAUUUUUUUUUUUUAGAAUAAGAAUGCGUCAUAUUAACUGCCUGUAUGUCAUAAUAACGAGACCGGAUCUGAUCAGCUGCCAUUUGUGCGAGACAACACAUUAAAGUUUGUAUAUGUACUUAGUUUAGGACUGUCUUCGACACACACGAGUCUCAUGUACCCCUACACCAGAGAAUGUUUUUUUGAUAUUGUAAAUAUUCUGAAAUAAAUAAUCGUUUUUAUUCA